CGGAAGGGCUGACAGCAGUGACUUUUCAGAGCAGAGAAAUCAUUCUCAGAACAGCAGCUGGAAUUUUUUUUUUUUUUUUUUUCAAAGAAAACCUCAACUGCGCACCAGACCUCACUGGGCAGUAAUUACACAGGAGUUUAAAUGUGAACCAGAGAACCUACAGAUGCAGAACACCUUAAAUCGUCAUAACCAUGGCAUCAGUCUGGCUUCUACUUGUGCUGUGGAUAUUUGUAAAUGCCUUGAUAAAAGUGAUUCAAGCUUCUUCAUGUGCUACGAUUCACACUCCUGCUGAAGUGGUGCGCUCUGGUUCACCCGUGUCAGUGUCCUGCUCCAUCAAGGAUGACUGCACACUGACCAAAGGCAAAGACUUCCAUGUGGCAUGGAAAAUUAACAACGGUUUUGACCCCAGCAAUCUCUCUUACCAGGAGAGUAACGGGACAUAUGGUGUAAUCAUACCUAGUCUAGACACAGACACAUCCAUUGCUUGCGCUGUGUGUGAAGAGGAGAAAUGCCAAAUUGUCAAUGGAGUGCAAGUGAAAGUGGGAUAUCCUCCAUCCAUUCCUAAAAACCUGAGCUGUUCUUUGAAUCUAAGACCUGAAAAAAAGGUAUUCCUGUGUAAGUGGGAUCCUGGUCAGGAAAGGGAAAUUCUUUCUACAAAUUAUACACUUAACAUAUUUAGGGUCAAAGCUAAAAAGGUUCCAAGUGAACAAUAUCGUAUACCACGUGGAGAGCAUUUUUACUUGAUUCCACGGCUAUCAUAUAAUUUACUUUCAGUGUUGGAGAUAAAUGUGACAGCGGUGAAUGUCUUUGGGAAUGUCACCUCUGAAACCCUGAAGCUGAUCCCAAUGGAAACAGCAAUAUUCGACCCUCCAGAGAUUAACAGGAUUGAAGCAGAUGUUGCAGGCUGCUUAAAUUACAACUGGAGUCUUGGAAAAUCUGAGCAAUGGUUGAUGACUGCCAUCAGUUUAGAGUUGAGACUGAAAACAGUAGACAACCAGCAAAACAAAGAGUUGGUUUUGCCCUUCACAAAAAAAAAUGGAGGCAAAAUAAAUGUAUGUGGCCUUUUUCAUGGUACAAAUUACAGCACCACAAUGCGAGUGAAGUAUAGUACAUUGAGUAAAUGGAGUGAAUGGAGCGAUCCAAAAAUAGCCAACACCGUUAUGAAGGCUCCGACUGGCAGCCUGGACACAUGGCUUAAAGUGGAUGAUCAGAAUGCACAGCUCUACUGGAAGCCCUCAGAAAAUUUCCGGCCCAACGGCUGGAAUUUGUCAUACAUUGUUGAAUCAAUGGAACCAAAAAGGAAUUUGUGUAUUACGCAAGAAAGCCACUGCUUUUUCAAUCUUACCGAGAAGGUUGAAAAGGUUUACCUGAGAGCCACUAACGCAGCGGCAAGCUCGGAUCAUACCGAAGUACUGGUGUAUCGGAAAAAAGGGCUGGGCUCUGUCUCUAAUUUCAGUGUUCAUCCCCAGUCCGAGACGUCCGUGCUGUUGGUGUGGGGAGGGACACCAGCGUCCCACACAGUCACAGGAUAUGUGCUUGAGUGGAGAUCUCUGAAUGAGAUGCCGGAAGCUCCCCUGUCCUUCAUUCUGAUGGACAAAAACAUCUCCAGUACCAUACUAACAGGGUUAAGGCCUGACAAACAUUAUCAGAUCUCUAUUUAUCCCAAAUACGAUAGAGGGAUUGGAUUUCCAUACAUUUUGCCAUACAGCUUUCAGACAGCAUCCUCUGUGGCUCCAGUGUCGAAUAUUAUAAGAGAACAUUCCAAUGAGAAAAAUGGAACCAUUCGAGAUGGAAUUGAAAUGACGAUGUUUGUUAUCCCAAUAUACAUUGGGUUAUCACUUUUCAUCAUUGUUGUGUUUGCAUGUUUUGGGAAAACUGAACGGGUGAAGAUGUGUUUGUGGCCUAUAAUUCCUGAUCCUGCCAACAGCAGCAUUAAGAAGUGGACCACCACAUAUUCAAUGGAGGGCAUUCCUUCCUUUGUAGAAGACAAGGAUUCUGUGUUAGUGUACCUGUCCCGCUUCAGUCUUCUUGAUCUGGAUGAGAAAGAGCCGUUCAAGAGUGACUAUGUCAAGGAGAGCCAGUGGUCACGCGACAUCAACAGUUAUGAUGAAUGUCAUUCCUCAUUGCAGACCUGUGUCCAAUACGAUUCGGAGAAUGACAGGGAUUCUGUUCCUUAUGCCACAGUGGUUUUCAGUGGUCCAUAUCAAAACCAUUCAUCCUGUCGGCCACCCUACGUUCGCUCCGAAUCCACACAGCCUCUGUUAGGAGCGGACGACCCCUGCAGCCCCCCACCGUAUGAGAAUGUGUCACCAAGCGGCAGUGUUUCCAAAGUACAACGCUUCAGCACAUUCCCUCAGAGUUUCACUGAGAGUGAGGAGAAUGAAGAACUUUGGGAAGAAUUUCCUAUGCUUAGAUCUUUAGAGCUCAGGGGUACUGAUCAUACCUAAACUCAGAUUCAUCCAUUUCCUGUUUAUGUGCUUCUUUUUUAAGAAUUUGUGUUUCAUUUUGAUUUUGAGCUUAUGUACAAACAUACAAAAAUAUGCAUUCGGAACCACAGCUGAUGGAUUUGGCUCACACGACAGAUCUGUUUUUAAAAGUGAUUAGCAAAAAAACUAAGAAAAAAAAAAAAUCAUUAUUAACUUUCUGCAGAAUUGCUAGGGACUGCUUAUAGGUUAAACGGACCACUGGUAUUACAAUGAAUGAGAGAAAAUGGUACUUACCUUUUCCAAGUAAGAAGAAAGCCAAUCAGUAAAAUCACUGCCUGGUCUUUAUGUGAAACUUGUCUCAAGAAAUCACAUUUUAAGAAUUUUACAAGAAUACAGUUAAAUCUGGCAUUAUAACAACACUUCCUCUGGAAAGGACAAAUUAAAAGAGUUAAAUGAUUUCUCGUCUAAUUUUAGACCGGAACGUGUGGGAAUGCAAUGUUUUUAGUAUGUUUUCUUGAAGCUCUGCAGAAGCUCAGCAUGGCCUCUGUCUUUACAGUGAGCUUUAUUAAGGUGAUGUUGCAUUACAAACCAACAUGAAAAGUGCAGUCCAGAGUGUUUAGCUUCAUGACUUCAAGUUCUUGUACUCAAUAUAAAUAAUUAAAUGUGUCUUGCAGAUGUUUUGAGGCAAUGUCAAUUAGUUCUGCAGUAUAAUAUGGAAUUUGAGUUUUUUUUUUAAAUUAUUAUUAUUACUGAAUGAUUAGUGUUUUAAACAAAUUGGCUGUGUGACUGGUUCAUUGACUCAUAGUCACUUGUUUCACUACUGAUUAUAAUCAGUGGUUUGAACAAAUGGGUUGAAUAAAUGAUUCAAUGACU